AUGAUCCUGCUGCUGGGCGACUCUAUCACCGAGUUUGGCGGGCAGGACGGCGGCUGGCAGCAGCUGCUGACGCGGGACUACAUCAGGAAGGCUGACAUCAUCAACAGGGGUUUUGGCGGCUACAACUCCCGUUGGGGCACUUUCCUGGUUGACGACAUUUUCACCUCCUUUGGCAGCAGCCGCAUCAAGCUAGCAACCGUCUGCUUUGGCGCCAACGACGCGGCAGCGCCCGAGCUGUCCGCGGGCUACCUCUCUGUUCCUGUCGAAGAGUACAGUGCCAACCUCAGGGCCAUCAUAUCAAAGCUGAAGUCCAAGGGCGUUGAGCGGAUCAUAGUCAUGUCCCCGCCCCCUGUUGAUGACACCAAUCCCCGCUACAAGGACGGCUCUCGCUCAACCGAGCGCGUCAAGCCAUACGCAGACGCGGCGGUGGCGGUGGCUCGGGACCUUGGGCUGCCGUUUGUGGACCUGUUCAAUAAAAUCCAGUGGGUGGUCAGCGAUUCGUACUCCGAGAUGCAGCCCAGCCACCUUCCCCUGCAUUUCCCGCUGUACAGCAAAGUCGAUGCGGAGCACCCAGAGGAGACGUUUGACUCCCUUUACGGGUACAAGGUCGACCGCGGCCUCCCCAGGGACGCAUCGCUGCCUGCGGCCGUGCAUUCAGAGACAGCAGAUGCGCCUUCCAAGGUCGCGGGGCCGGCCGUGCCCAGCUCAGCGGCCGAAGGCAAAGGGGCAGGCGGCGGCAAGGGGGAGGACGAGAAAACUGACGAUGUCAUCAGCAGCUCUGGCGAUGUGCUUGAGGCGGGCAAGGGGCUGAAAGCUCGGCGCAUGCUCGCCAAGUGA